UGAAAAAUCAAUUAUUAACUUUAAUUACUUCCCUGUCUAAUUCAAUUUCUUAACAGGGGUUAAGAAAACAAAAACUUUUCCACCAUCCAAGCUUCAGCCGUCCGGAAAUCCAUUACUUCUUUGUUUCCAAAUCUGCAGAAAAGAGAGUAGCGGAUGAAGAAGGUCACUAUAAUUGCAUCCAUUUUCCUCUUCUCGAUGCUUCGUUUUCAACAAUUCGUACACGUUUCUUCAUCCCCUCUCUCAUACGGAAACCAGGAGGAUGCUCCUGAAGUGCGCUGCUCCAGAGAUAGAAGUAGGGCUGCAUGGAAAGUUAUAGACGAGUAUUUAACACCAUUUGUGGAGAAAGAAAACUACGAGCUUUCAAAAAAGUGCAGACUUCACCCUGAGAAUGAUAUGUUUAGGGAUCAAGAAGAGCAUAAAAUUUACUUAGACAGAAAUGAAUGGCGCUGUGGAUAUUGCAAGAAAAGCUUCCGCGACGAAAAGUUUAUUGAUCAGCAUUUUGAUAAAAGGCACUACAAUCUUCUGGAUCUAAGUCAUGGAAAAUGCUUGGCUGAUUUAUGCGGGGCAUUACACUGUGAUGCUGCGAUAAAUUCCAAGUCCUCUAGAAGCAAGUGUAAUCCAGCAGCUGCUGCAAGAAAUCGUCACCUAUGUGAGAGUCUUGCUGACAGUUGUUUUCCUAUAAGCGAGGGUCCAUCAGCAAGCCGCCUUCAUGAGUUGUUUCUGCACCAAUUUUGUGAAGCUCACUCCUGCUCAGGGAAACAUAAACCCUUCUCUAGAGGAGGCAAGGAUCAAGGAAGUUUCUUUCGCCUGGCUGUUGGAGCAUUGGUCUUGGUGCUACUUCCUGUGUUCUAUCUCUUUCUUUAUUUGAUACAAAGUGAUAUGAAGGGUCGAACUCAAGAGCUUCGUCGCAUCUCUAAAGCUGGAUGGAAAGCAAAGCCAGCGUGAUUUCUGAUUGGUUAGACUGUAACAGUCAUCGACUAUGAUGAAUGAGUUGACGAAAAUGGGAAUCUAAUGCCUAAGUUUGAGGAGGAAUUGAGGAGAAUUAUUAAGAGUGUGUGAAGGAAAUCAAACUUUGCAUUAAUCCAAAGUUUAAGCUCACAUUCCCUGAGGCAGUGAAGGGUAGGAAAACAUUGUUUCAGGAUCAUACAUCUUUUGUCCGUUGUGCCAAGAAAGAGGUUAUUAGCUGAGCAAUUUGCUAAUCCAUUUUUUAUGUUUUGCUCAAAGUUUGUGUAAUUGCUCACCUUCUAUACUCUUAAAAACCUCAAUCCGCGGAGCAGACGAUAAAGCCGUAGAAAGGAUUUUUACUAUAUUAGCUAUCACUGUGAGCUUGUUUGAAAAAUAGCUAAAAGAAUAUGUUUGCACCAUUAAACACUCUUACAGUAGGUGAUGUUAUCUGUUCGGACUUCUUUAGAAAUGCCAUGCACUCGCAUUCAUACAAAUUAGAAUUACAUUGGUGUAUGUAAUGUACUGUACCUACAAAAAUUCAAGGGCAAUGUGAGCCAUAAUAUCCACAUUAAAGACUCA